CGCGGCCACGGGUCGGUCCGCGCGUCGGCGUUGGCCGUCCAGGUCCGGGCAGGUGGCUUGCUGGCCUGGCUGGUCAGUGAGCGGCCAGCGAGCCAGCCCCGCGGUCCGCAGGCGUCCGCAGGCUAGGCGCAGCUUUCGCGGCGGGCGGCCGGGUACCCUGCUGCAGCAGCAGCACCCAGAGCAUGGCGGCGUAGCGCGGCGGCAGCGUCGAUAGGCACUUCCCACGCAAGCGCUGAGAGCCCAGCGACACCCCGCCGAGCUCAGCAUGCCAGAGCCGCGCUAGGCCGAGCCGCGACAUGUUGUGCUCGGCGCGCCCGCGGCCGGCGCUGCAGGCCCCGCUGCAGAGGUCGCAGUCCCCCGGCUACUGCAAGGUGACGCUGCCCGACGCCAAGGGGGCGGAUGACCUGACCAGCCUGCACUGGCUGCACUCCAUCAACAUCCUACCGCUGCCCACGCCGCCGUCGUCGCCGACUGCGGGGGAGCCGGAAAUGGAGAGUUCGCCCUCGGCGCCAGAGAGGCCAGACCCGCUGAAGUCGCUGCUGCCCUCCGUGUCCCCCGAGCACCUGGAGCGCUACCGCUACGACGGCAGCCACAAGCCUCCCUUCUCGUACGCAGCACUCAUAUGCAUGGCGCUGCGCUCGCACCGCACCAAGAUGACGCUCUCCGACAUCUACAGCUGGAUCAAGGACAACUUUAUGUACUACCGCAACGCAGACCCAUCCUGGCAGAAUUCCAUCAGGCACAACCUGUCCCUCAAUAAGUGCUUCGUGAAGGUCCCCCGGUCCAAGGACGAGCCCGGCAAGGGCGGCUUUUGGCGGCUGGACACUCAGCGACUGGCGGAGGGCAGGCGCGCGCGCCGGGGUCGGCGGCGGAGCGCACGCCCAGCAAAGUCUGCCGUGGCAGAGACAACUCCAGAGCCCACACCCACCCCCACGCCACCGCCCAGCCUGGAAGUCCCCAGCUCCGUCUUCCUCCUCGAGUUGGAGGCCAGCCCCUGCCCCAGCUCCGAGUCCGGCUCCUGCUUCGAGCUGGUCGAGCUCGGCGGGGACAGUCCGGGGGGAAGCCCUCUGCCCUGCGCGAUGCCACUGUCGGCCGAGCUGUCCGCCGCACUUCCAGGCCCGCCGCCGUCGCCUACGGUCUCGGCCACGGCCACCCCGGCCCAGUACGCGGGCCUCGACCCCCUCGCGCCGGACCCGCUGCUGCCCGUCCAGGACGAUGACGACCUCUGCAGCCUCCUUAUACCAGGAGGCUGGGACAUCAGUCAGCUGGACCAGCUGGACUUCCUUCUGAACUCUCUCUAAGAGGUCUGCUGGCCUGACAUGGCUCAUGCGCCCCGAGGCACCUGUGACCUGCUACUAAAUUAUGACAGCAGGCCCCUGUAUAUCAAUAUCAUUCGGUUGUUCUUCCGUCCCUUCAUUUAGUAUAGUAAUUAUCACACCCCAGGUGGCAAAACGUGAUUUAUCCAUGCACUAUAUGAAAUUCUUUCAUGUAUAGGAGAGUGAUAAAUUAAAUAAAUGAUGUUGUUCGUCAAGUUCAAAUCAUAAAGUUAGUGAUAUUUAGUGAAUUCCAGGCACCAACGUAAAUGGACUUGCACUUAUAAAAAUGCUCAGAGGAUCGCUGAGCAUAAGUGUGCAUGGAAAGUCAGAAAGUUAUUGAAAUUGUGCUGGGUAGCUAAGACAGACUGCAUAAAUAAAUGAUUAAGUUGCCAAGGAAGGUGGUGUGUACUGCUGGUUUGGUUCGUGCUAUUCAAUUCCUAAAAAUUACUGUAGAUUUACUGAGUAAUAAAAUAUAUCAUUUUGUGGUAGAACUUCUAGA